UGCACAGAGCUCUAAGUUCAUAAGUUGACUUUAAUACAGAUGGUUCUGGGGUAAAGGCGCAAAGAUGUAUUGUUAUUGAAUGUGUUUUUGGGUGCAAGAUUUCUCCUUUUUUGUUUGUCCCGGAAGAACUAAAACAAUGAAGAUUGACCACAACUCGAUUGCGGUAGCUGUGUUUGCUUGUUCUGUAGCAGUACUGACUGUUUUAUUAGUUCUGACAUGGAAACUAGUGAAUCUGAUGUAGGUUCAGCCCAAGAAGCUGGAGAAGCUUCUCAGGGAGCAAGGCUUCAAUGGGAAUCCUUACAGAUUCAUUAUUGGGGACUUGAAACUCAUGUCAACCUGGUUAAAGCAAGCUCAUUCCAAUCCUGUUAUUGAUCUCUCCGAUGACAUUUCCCCCAGAGUUAUACCUGAAGUCAUUCACUUGACCCAUAAAUAUGGGAAGAACACAUAUAUAUGGUAUGGACCAGUACCAUCCAUUUUGGUCCAAGACCCUAAACUAGUAUGGGAGGCUUCACAGGAUGUUAACCUCUUUCACAAGCAUGAUAGUUCUGAAUUCAGCAGAUUGCUUGCUCCAGGACUCGCAAGCUACAAUGGUGCUAAAUGGGCCAAACAUCGAAAACUCGUUACGCCUGCUUUCCGAAUGGAGAAGUUGAAGCAUAUGCUUCCCCCUUUUGUUACAAGCACUAAUGAGUUGUUGAGAAAAUGGGAGGAGAUUGUUUCACCACAAGGGUGGUUUGAGCUAGAUGUCUGGCCUAGCUUCUCAACUUUAUCUUCUGAUGCAAUUUCGCGCACCGCAUUUGGCAGUAGCUAUGAGGAAGGUAGGAGGAUAUUUGAACUUCAAGAGGAACUGACCGCGCUUUUAAUCAAUUCUAUGGGGUCAUCAUUCAUCCCGGGAUGGAGGUAUUUACCAACUGCAAGAAACAGAAGAAUGAGACAAAUUGUAAAGGACGUUGAUGAUUCUAUCAGGCACAUUAUCAAUACAAGACUGAAUGCAGCGAGAACCGGGAAGUCCUGCGAAAAUGACCUUUUGGGAAUAUUACUAGAUUCCAAUUCCCAAGAAAUUGACGAGCAGGGAAACAAGGGCUUUGGUAUGACUAUCGAAGAGGUCAUUGCAGAAUGCAAGGUUUUCUAUUUUGCAGGACAAGAGACCACCUCAUUGCUGCUUGUGUGGACAAUGAUCUUGUUAAGCAGGUACGAGGAGUGGCAAACCCGUGCUAGAGAAGAGGUUCGCCAAACGUUUGGCUCCAACCAACCCGAUUUCGAAGGAUUAAAUCACCUUAAAGUAGUACAUAUGAUCUUGCAAGAGGCUUUAAGGCUAUAUCCACCAUUACCUGUCAAUGCGCGGAUCACGACAGCAGAUGUUAAAUUAGGAGAUAAAACUAUCCCUGCCGGAACAUUUCUCUUUCUCCAAAUACUACUAAUCCAUCGCGACCCAGAAAUAUGGGGCGACAGUGUAAAUGAGUUCAAGCCAGAACGGUUCUCUGAAGGAGUUUCCAAUGCAACCAAGGGGAAACUUGGUUUCUUUCCAUUUGGUGCUGGACCUCGUAUUUGCGUUGGUCAGAACUAUUCCAUUUUGGAAGCGAAGUUGGUAAUUGCAAUGAUUCUGCUGCGCUUCUCAUUUGAACUCUCACCUUCCUAUACACAUGCGCCGCGCUCGGUUAUAACUCUCAAGCCACAGUUUGGCGCUCACUUGAUUUUGCGCAAGUUAUAGUUUGUUCUCAUUGCAUUGCGGACACGAACUGAAUCUUGUCAUAGGUCAAUACAUGUACAAUCAUUUUGCAAUUUGUGAAGAAAACCAUGAACACAAAAUGUUCAAGUAUGCAUAAAUUCUAUUUCACAGAUCGUCAAAUACACAAGUGGCAGGGGAUGUCUGACAUCAUUAAACUUGAGAGAAUGAAGCUUGAAGCCUUUUGCAAUCAACCAAAUAAGCAAAGCCGUAAGCCAUAUUCUUCAAAGUGGCCUCAUGUAACUCCAUUGAUGAUGUUGCUGUUGCAUCUGUUGAGAAAAACACUCGAAACCCUUUAACAAAUGCUUCUCUGGCAUUAGUCUCGCAGCAUAAAUUGGUCAUAACACCACACACUAUCACUUCUUUCACUCCCAUCUUGAUAAGUUGCUCUUCCAAGUUUGUACCUAUAAUCAUCAGUAUUAUAUACUAGUAUAUCACAAUUCACAACAAACAAAAAGACAAAACAACUCAGCUUACCAGUUUUCUUGGAAUGCACUGUGAGUACUCCUUCCGGUCCUUAUUAUAAAACAUUUAAUUUGUCAUAAAUUUCAUUAUAUGUUUUUCUGAUUGAAAAAACACCCCCUUAGAAUUAUUCUUUCAUAUUUAUCGUGUUCUCCCUAAUUAUUAUGAAAUAUUUUUUUAAAAAGAUUCGAUUAAAAAAACAUAUUAGGUCGAAAUUUAGGACAAAUCAAAAUGUAUUAAUAGUUAACAACUAAGUAUAUUUCGUACCAUGGAAUGCACUGUAAGUGGUCUUCUCUACAACAAAGUCAUCUUCUUUCCUGUUGAGACGAGGAAUGAAUUGAGCUUCGGGAGUUCCGUCCAUGAUGAGAUCACCAUCCCACCAUUCGUACAACAUACCAUAAUCAUCUGGGGACUUGUGGCAAUGGCGAGUGAAUAUGACUGGAAUGGAAGCUUCCCUACAGAGCUCAAUUGUGGUAUUAAUGGCUGGUAAAAUUGGCUUAGCCAUGGAUUCGAAGUAGUUUUGCGUGUCGAUCACUAACAAAACACAGGUUUUGGGAUUCGGGUUUCUCUGCCUGAUUUCAUACUUCCUGUAAGAUGAUGAUGAUGGCAUGGUUUUGAAAGAUGAGAGAUUUUCAGGAGUUUGAACUUACUACUAAAUAGAUAGAAAUAGCAAAAGAAAAAUUAAUCAGGAUCGAAAGAGAUGAGAGUUUUUAGACUUUAAUAGUUAGCAGACUUCUGUUGGCUUCCAGGAAAUUCUAGCAAUUGCCGGAGCUUAAACUGUAAAAUUAAAGGGAUAAGCAAAUAGUGGUAGUGUAUAUCCGUAGAAAAUAAAAUUAUUGUCAUAAAUAUCAAAUUACGGGUUUUUUUAUUUUUUAUUUUUUGACAGAAGAAUGAGUAUUGUUUUUGUUUAAG